UUUUCUGCUUUUGUCUAUCCUCGCCUCCCUUGUGAGAAAAAUAAAAUAAAACUACAGUAAAGAGAAGAGCCAACAAAAGAAAACAGUAGCAGCACCUCUUCCUCUACUUAUAAUAAGGACCUAAACAUGAAAUGAAACCACUCAUAAACCUCCCCAUUCACUGCAGCCCUCUCUGUCUUUCAACACCAAUUUUCUCUUUUCACUGCUAAUGGACACUCAACGCAACCCUCUUCUUACUUUUGCUUACUACUGCCAAGGAAAGAGUAUGGAAGAUCUAAGGCAUUCACUUUUGUGCACAAUUAUUGAGUUGGAACAAACGAAGAUGGUGGUUCAAGAAGAGCUUAAAAAAAGAGAUGACCAACUACUUCAACUCAAAGAUCUGCUGAGCAAAGUCAUCAGAGAGAGAGAUGCCGCUCAAGAGAAAUGCCAGAGGCUUCUUUUUGAGAAGCUUUUGUUCCAACAACAGCAACAACUUCAGCAUCAGCAGCAACAAACAGCUGGUCCUCUUUCUGGAAUUUCAAGCAUUGAAGAUGAUCCCAGAAGGCGAACUGACUCCAACAAUGGCUUCUCUUCAUCAGAUUGUGAAGAAAGUAUUGUCUCAUCUCCAGUCAUUGACCCGAUCCCUCCACCACAAGCACAAUUACAACCACCAGUUUCAGUACAACCACAAGCACCACCACCACGGCAAGAACCAACAAUUGAGCUAGUGCCUGAGAAGCCAUUACCUGAAAAGGGAAAUCUUCUACAGGCAGUAAUGAAAGCAGGUCCACUUUUACAGACCCUUCUUUUAGCAGGACCACUGCCUCAAUGGAGACACCCACCACCUCCACUUGAGUCCUUUGAGAUCCCACCGGUAACCAUAGCUUCACCACCACCUCCCUUACCACAACUCCACCAAGACUCCCUGGUCAGCAUCAAUGCUUGCAAUAACAUUCUAAACAGCUGUGCCAAAGUCAACAGAAAAAGGGUUCUUAAUGAUGGGUCUGAUUCUCCUACAGAGACAAAGUAUCAGAGGGUUCUUCUACCAUGACUCACUCGCUCUACUACUACACAUUAGUCCACACAGUUUGAUUUUGUUAUAAUUUACCAAUUUUAAGAUGAUUAUAGAUUAGUAAAGAUGGAACUGUGAGGUGGGUAUGUGAAAGAUCUUUGAUAUAGCUUUUGUACAUAAGUUUGUGGUUAAAAAAGGGGGAGUCAUCUAAACACAAGUUUAACUCAGUGGAGAGAAGAGUAAGAACUAAAAUUAGUGUUUCUUUUGCACAUUUUGUGGUUAGCUUGAACUUGAAUUUGCCCAAAAUUGCAGUGCACAUGGGCUGUAAAAUGUAACUUAAAGACAGUAGUUUAGCAAGUGGCUUGUGUUUGUGAAAUUGAGAUUUUUUUCUUCUGGUUAUGGAGAAGGUGAGAUAGGCUUAGGUUUGGGUGUGGGUGUGGAGUUGUUGAGUGGGGGCAACAACCAGGAGGUCUAAGAACCCUGCUUGUCGGGUUAACUGGAUCCCACAAAUCAGAAUUAAUAUCUACUAAUGUUGUGAUUGUAUGAUUAUUUAUUAAUCCUUUUUUUGAAGUAAAGUUUAUGAUUAAUAUAUUUUAAUGUAA